CAGUUCCUGAUUCUAUAAGCAGUGCCCGGGGCCCGGGGGCGCCACAGGCGCGGGCACCGCGGGCGGCGCAGGAUGGGCCGGCGCAGCGCGGCGAGCCAGCCCCGAGGCCCCGGGCCGCGGAGGCCGCUCCUCCCCGCCGUCCUUCCGCUGCUGCUGCUGCUGCUGCUGCUGCCGCCGCCCGGCUCAGGCGCCAGGGCGGCGCCCCACCUCGUCUUCGUGCUGGCGGACGACCUGGGCUGGAACGACGUGGGCUUCCACGGCUCGGAAAUCCGCACGCCGCACCUGGACGCACUGGCGGCCUCCGGGGUGCUGCUAGACAACUACUACACGCAGCCGCUGUGCACGCCGUCGCGGAGCCAGCUGCUCACCGGCCGCUACCAGAUCCACACAGGUUUACAGCACCAAAUAAUCUGGCCAUGUCAGCCCAGCUGCAUUCCUCUGGAUGAAAAACUCCUGCCCCAGCUUCUAAAAGAAGCAGGCUACGCUACCCACAUGGUCGGAAAAUGGCACCUGGGAAUGUACAGGAAAGAAUGUCUUCCAACCCGCCGAGGAUUUGAUACCUACUUUGGAUACCUUCUAGGUAGUGAAGAUUACUAUUCCCAUGAGCGCUGUACGUUAAUCAACGCUCUGAAUGUUACACGAUGUGCUCUUGAUUUUCGAGAUGAUGAAGAAAUUGCAACAGGGUAUAAAAAUAUGUAUUCAACAAACGUAUUUACUCAAAGAGCUACAACCCUCAUAACUAACCACCCACCAGAGAAGCCUCUGUUUCUCUACCUUGCUCUCCAGUCUGUGCACGAGCCCCUUCAGGUCCCUGAGGAAUACCUGAAGCCAUACGACUUUAUCCAAGAUAAGAAUAGGCAUUACUAUGCAGGAAUGGUGUCCCUUAUGGAUGAAGCAGUGGGAAAUGUCACCACAGCCUUAAAAAGCCGUGGGCUCUGGAACAACACGGUGUUCAUCUUCUCCACAGAUAACGGUGGGCAGACAUUGGCAGGGGGCAAUAACUGGCCCCUUCGAGGAAGAAAGUGGAGCCUGUGGGAAGGAGGCGUGCGAGGGGUGGGCUUUGUGGCCGGCCCCUUGCUGAAACGGAGGGGCGUGAAGAACCGGGAGCUCAUCCACAUUUCCGACUGGCUGCCGACCCUGGUGAAGCUGGCGGGGGGCAGCACAGAGGGCACCAAGCCUCUGGAUGGCUUUGAUGUGUGGAAAACCAUCAGUGAAGGAAGCCCAUCCCCCAGAAUGGAGCUGCUGCACAAUAUCGAUCCAAACUUUGUAGAUGUUUCACCAUGUCCUGGGAACAGCAUGGUUCCGGCAAAGGAUGAUUCUUCCCUUCCAGGAUAUUCAGCCUUCAACACAUCUGUCCAUGCUGCCAUUAGACACAGGAACUGGAAACUCCUCACGGGCUACCCAGGCUGUGGUUACUGGUUUCCUCCACCAUCUCGAUAUAAUGUUUCCGUGAUACCCUCCUUGGACCCACCGACCAAGACCUUCUGGCUCUUUGACAUUGAUCAGGACCCACAGGAAAGGCAUGACCUGUCAAGAGAAUAUCCUCAUAUCGUCAAGCAUCUCCUUUCCCGUCUGCAGUUCUACCAGAAACACUCGGUGCCCGUGUACUUCCCAGCACAAGAUCCCCGCUGUGAUCCCAAGGCCACUGGGGCUUGGGGCCCUUGGAUGUAGGAUUUCAGGCAACCUAAGGGGCAGCUAGAAAGCCUUUCUGUUGUGAGUUGUACUUCAGGCCUUUACUUUGUGACUCUUGUCUCAUUUGUUCUCCCAACCUGGGUUCACCUGGCCCUUCUCUUGCUCCUAAACCACACUGAGGUGUCUAAUUUCAACCCCUAGUACAUUUGAGAUGCUGAUAAAAUCUGAACACUUCUGCUGUUGACUGGGGCGUGUGUCUAGAGGAGAGGGUGACUGGCUUCAUUCCCUCUUUCCUGAGCUGUGGGACAGCGGGGAACACGAUUUGAAAGAGGAAGUUGUUGAGUCUUGGAACCUGGAGCAGCUGGCUCUUUUUGCCUCACAAGUCAGAUGUUAGAUUUCCCUCUGCCCGUAGCUGGGUUUUAUUGGAGUGAUUCACAUUUCUUGGAACAAAUGAAAGGGUGAGACAGUUGUUAAUGGUUCUGUUGGCCAGGGGUUCUUCCUCUCUGUGAGAGAUCGUGUUUAGGCAUCCCAUGUGAAUACCCUGGCUUGGUUCACCCCUCGUUCAUGCAUCUCUUCACUCACCUCGUCACUCAUCCCGUCAUGGAGCAUAAGUCUCGUUGCAUUACUAAGAUCAGUGUGGCACUAGGCCUACUCCUUGGUUUUGGUUUUUACAAUAAAGAAAUUUGUUUUU